AUGCCCAAAAAUUCAAAGAUUGCAUGGCGCUCCUUCCCCGAUGCGUCCGCAUCUGCGCCAGCAGAGGAUGGCGCCAGCGCCGCCGUGGCGACCUCCGGCGACCUUGCGCUGGAUGCGGCGCUGGCGGGGCUGGGCGUGGGGCGGAAGCUGUGCCGACAGCUGAGGGCGGAGCUGAAACUGGAGGAAGACAGCUUCGGCUGUCUCCUGCGCGACUUCCGUCGCGACCAGCGGCGGGUGGAGUCGGCGCUGGCGCGGCUCUUGCCCAAGGUUAGCGAACAGGUCAUUUGUUUGUUGGAAGUCGAGAGCUUUGAAGCAUCCCCGCCUGCUCGAGGUGGAAUCCCAGAAAUCCCGGUGGAUUGUGUGGCUGCCGGCAACGAGUUCGAGGAGGUGUGGAAGGCUCUGCCCAAGAUGUUGCCUGGAGAAAACUCUGAGCGUCAGGGCCACGAGGAGCGCGGCCGCGCGCUGCGGCGGCGCCUGAAAGCCACGCUGACGGAGGAGGCGCAGCAGCGGCUGAAGGCGGCCAUGGCGCAGCUGAGAGACGAAGGUGCCGGUGGAGCCGACGAGUACCUCACGGAGGUUUGGGAACAGCUGAAAGCCUUGGAGAACGAGUACCUCCGGGUGGAUCUCAUGCUGGAGAUCAUCAUGUCACAAGCGCAAGAGCUCCAACGUGCUCUGCGCGGCGCAGUGGAGCGGAAGCUGUCGACGCCACCGACGCCGUCGGCGGCGUCGAAAAAACCGCGGCCGCGCGGCAGAGGUGAGAUCCUCGUUCUGCCGGAGACGCCCUUGGAAGAGCUGACCGAGGUGCUGGAGGAGAAAAAGCCUUGGUGCGUCCAAGCGGGAGCAAAGCGGGCCAUCAUUUGCGGCGGUGGAUUAUUUAACGGCGUUCGGAACCAAUUUCUGGCCGACCUGCAUAUGCCGCUGCCGGGAGGCGGGUGGACUUUGUUCGCCCUUCCAGACAUCUGGGGCAACUUGAAGGAGACGGAAUGUUAUGUCAUCUUGAACGGCGAGUACAUUACGGGUGAGCUCGCAGCCUGGAGGCCCGGGCGCGUCUUCGAAUG